AUGGCAACCUCCAGCAGUGCUUCUGCAGGUCCUCAGAAGAAAGCAUCAUCUGAGCAGUAUCAAGUGCCAUUCAGAACACUCCUCACUCCUGUGAAGAAUCUUAAAGUGUUAUCUGAAUUGAUCAUUGAUUUUGGAAGCUUGAAGGAGAACGGUUUUGACCUAACUGAAGAAGUUAGGGCACAGAAGUGGGAAAGGUAUUUUGACAGGUUGGUUGGACCAACAUUCCCUAUGUUAGUCAAGGAAUUUUGGAUUCAUGCCAAGGCUUCAACACAUCUAGUCACCUCCUUUGUUAUGGGGAAGAAGAUUGUGAUCACUGAGGAUCACAUUGCAAGGUUAAUUGGUUACAGUGGCGGUGGCGUCCGUUGUGUGGACAUGGCUGAAAGAUGUGAUGAUGUGGGCGUGAUAGCUGCAAGGAUUUUCACCCAUGGGGUGCCCAGCAGCAAGAUCAAAGAUCUGAAGGAUCAUUACAGAGUUUGGGCUAAGAUAAUUCUGGGGUGCUUCAACCAUAGGAAGCCAACUAGUUCACCUGAUUACAUAAAUGUGGAUCAGCAGUUUCUGAUCUACUUUAUUGAUCAGAAGGUAAAAAUCAACCUGGCUCAUUUUCUGUUCAACCACCUCAGAACAAGUGUGAAGGAAACCAGGGAAGAAGAAAGAACCAAGAGGGAUUGGAUACCCUUUGGAAGGUUGAUAUCAGAUAUUCUGACAGAGAAUAGGCUGAUAGAGCAUCUGAUAGAAGCUCAAGAGCUAAGCACCAUUGAACCAAUAGUUGGGAAACCUCUUAACGCAAAGAACUUGAAGAAAAUGAAGUUGAUAGAGAAUAUCCAAAAGGAACCCAGAGCUACUCCUAUUGCUGAUAUCACCAACAGAAGAGUUCCUCUGAGUGACUUUCCUUUAUUUUCUGAGAUAGAAUCUAAACCAGAGGUGGUUCUCAGAUACUUGGAUGCGUGCAAGGCAGAUGGCACAGAUCCAAAUCUGAUUAUCAAAGCUCUGCAUCAACCUCAGCAAGAAGUGACUCUGAAGAAGACGAAGAAGAGGAAGGCACCUUCAGAAGGAUCAUCCCAGCAAACACCCAAGAAAAGAGGUAAUUUAUCUGCUGCUUCUGUUUUAAAUUCUUCUACUAUUCCAGCAUCUAUUCCUCCUCAAACCUCUCAUAGAAUCUCAAUACCCAUCCCUACCAUAGAUGAAACUGUACCAGAAGAUGACCCUUCUGAGGCAUUAAAACUCAGAAGACCCAGAACCAAACAUCCCAAACCAACAAUCUCAACAACAUCAGCAAUUGACAAAGUGCUGUCUGACAUUGAUCAACACACUUCUGAUCAACCAAACUCUGAACCACAAAUUGUCCCUCCUCCACAACCAGAACAACAGCAAUCUGCUGAAGAACCAGAACAACAACAACCACUCUCAUCAGUUCCAGAAGAACCCCUUAUCCCUGAACAACCAGAAAUUCCAACAACUUCUCCUCAACCAGCAAUUCCAUCUCCCUCUCCUCAACCAGAAAUUAAUCCACCAUCACCUCAACCAGAGUUUCAUCAAUCUGAAACUCCUUCUCCUCAACCAUCUGAACCUCAUUCACCUCAACCAUCACCUCUGGCAAUCCAGCUGCCAGGUGGAACAACAAUCACCUUGGCACAAUUGCCAUCCUCACCAGAAUCUACACCACCAAAUACUCCCAAAACACCACCCAGUCCAAUCAUAAUUUUUUAUUCUGAAACUCCAUCUCCAAAACAAACUGCUGCCAAGAAAACCUCUGAAAACCCCAGCAGGACCUUCAUAGACUUAACCAGUCUUGACCGUCUUGCUGAUCUGAAACAUAAAAUUGCCAUCCCAAAACCAAAACAACCAGAUGUUGGCUCUGGUAUUAUGAAUUUUGAAACAUGUGUGCAGCAAUGGAUUGCUUCUUUGAAGCAAGUAUGUCCUGGAAUGAUUGACCCAGCUGCUUCUGAUCAGCUCUGGUCACAAUUCAGACUUUGGGUACGUGCUGAAGCCCUCAAGUUGCAGGAUAUCAACUAUGAGCAGGCACAACAUAAUUUCAGCAAGCUUCUGAAUGAAGUUGGAAGUCAGCUUCUGAAAGAAGACGUGCUCCCUCUGGAUAGUGAACCUUGGUCUGAGAAACAGCUAGCUUCAAAGGUGCAACCAGAAGAAGACAAGACCAUUCAAGUUGAAUAA